AUGAUCCGUAUUAGUUUAUUAUUUGGAAUUAUCAGUGGAGUGAAUGGUAUUCGAAUCUUACCAGAGACACCUAUCGAUUUCUCCAUACAUCUCUGCACUCACCAACGACGGCAAGCACAUGGGCACAUGCAGUACCUCCCUCAUCCAGUUCGAUACUGUAUGACAGUGAAGUCUUCAAAAUCCCCACGGGAUCUGAUCAGGGAUCGGCAAGGUGCUAUAGGUAUAGCGUCAUCAGUCGUAUUCACUUGGAGACAGGUCACAAGUGCUCGACAAUGUCGCUUUGGGUUUCAGGGCUAUCAAGGUGAAUACAGGCUGGCGCCAGAUUUCGGUGCUUACGAAGAAUGUCAAUAUGUACUGUCACGAUAUUCUCAUGCUUUAUCUGAGGUUAGUAAUUCUAUUCAAGGCAGUGAUGACGAUAAAAAUGUUUGUGGAGCCAACAUUCUCUCUGUUGGAAGUCUGAUGGUACUGGCUCGCGAUGGUCCACUGAGUAAGACCUUACGAUUCAAUGCUUCCGAACCGGACUGCCCAUUUAUUUACUUACCGACCAAUUAUGCGGACUACGUGUCGUGUUCCCUAAAAGACAACGAAUGGUACGUAUUGGACUGGCAAUCAUCGAUCCGAUAUGAAACCUACCACAAAGGGACUUAUGGCACUUAUUAUGCAAAUCAUACGACGUCUUUCGUUUUCCAACCAUCCGACAUUUUGCUAAGAAAUGGCACUGAGACCGAAUGGCUAGCGAGGCUUAUUCAUCUAGAGACGAGGUAG